AUGCCUGCCAGGAAUCGCCCCGCAAAGCGUGUGCUCAAUCGCUGGAGUGAUGACCUCGACAAAGGCGUCCUGCUGUGUGUUCAGUACGCGUGCGCAGAAGCGGGCCUGAAGAUCCCAUGGGGUCGAGUUGCUGCUCUCAUGGGUCCCACCUUCACUGAAGGCUCCAUCGUCCAACAUCUUGCCAAGCUUCGAAACCUCAUGGCUCGACUUGGUAUUCCUGUUCCACCAGCCGUCAAGCGUGGCAUGGUUACCAAAGAACCCUCAAAGAUCUAUACCAAUGCCGGUAACAAAGUCAAGCUCGAGCCGAUCGCUCCUAUGUUCCCUGAGGCUCCUGUUGCCAAAGAGGAUGGAGAUGGCGAAGCUUCCAUAUAUGACAAACCGAAGCGUUCUCGCAAGAAGGAGACUGUUCAAGACAAAGAUGGACAAGCCAAGAAGGAACCCAAGGCCAAAGGUAAAGCCAAAGGUAAAGCCAAAGGUCGCCAUCUCCUUGCAAAUGAGGAAGAUGACGAUAACGAACCUGUUCCAGAUCUUUCUGACUCCGACGACGAGUAUCCUGCACCCAAGAAACGCCGUCACAACAGCAGCAAGUCGAAGAAGAAAGAAGCCGUGGCCAAAGCGUCUACGACCCUACCUGAUGCAGCCAUUCCUUCUGUCGUCUCGCCUAUCCAGUCUCCAGGUGCAGACAAGAACGUUGCUGUCAAGCUUGAGGAAGAAGAGCUCGCUGGCCCUGCUCGUCGCACUCGCGGUAUCAAGCGUGACUAUUCUGUCAUGGCCGCUCCUUCCGAUGAUGACGCUGAAUUCGAUGAGGAAGUCCCGCCAAACAUGGACGAAGACCUUGAAGGCUGUUAUGAAGACAUUGGAAUCGACGAUGAGACUGCUCACAGUGGUACCAUCACUGACGAUAUGGAUGAUAUGGAUGAUAUGGACGAAGCGUCAAGCGAAGUGUCAACUGUCGUUCUCGCUCAGCAAGCAACUUCUAGUAACGACUCCCACAUACUUCCUCAACAGAAUGUGGCUGUUCUGCCAUAUGGUCAAAUCAUCCCCACUAUCGAUGGCCACCAUACCACAUUUCCACUCACCCAGCUCAAUACCCUGAGUGGAGCAGAUUACAGUCCUCAUGGCCAUGUUAGUGUUGGUAUCAUCAAUCACAACUCCUAUUCCGGUCCUGAGCUCGGACACUCUGGCGCUGCCAUCAUGAACACCAUGCCACGCGCAUAUGCAGGAGCCCACUUUCCGAGCGUAAGCAUGUAUGGCUCUUCCACGGAUUCCUCCAGAAACAACUCGAUCGGUGCCGAUAUGAUGUUCCAGACCCUUCCCUCCAUGUCUGACAACGAGUUCUUGGCUGCGCAUACCGCCUUCGGGCAUCGCAAUAUAGGAGACGUGAUCGCUGAGGAGGAUAUGAUGAACAGCAUGGCAAACGACGAGAUCUUCUGGAACGAGGGCGAUUACCUGGUCGAUGACGCUUAA